ACCACUUCUGGAGGUGAAAGAUGGCUGUGUCACAAGACAUUGUAUUGGACUAUCUACUGGAGAAUGGAGGGAGUGUCAAGAAUUCUGACCUGCUCAGGAGAUUUAAAUCUGUGGUGGACAGCCAUGAUCCCCAGGAAAAAGCCAACAACAGAGAGCUCUUCAAAAGGUUUGUGAAUAACAUUGCAGUAGUGAAGGAUGUUGAAGGAACCAAAUUUGUAGUGUUGAGGAAGAAAUAUUCUCAUUUGCUGGCAGAGAGGGAGCAAGUGGCCCCCAGUAGGAAAGAGACUGAGGGAGGCAGUACUCCACCUUUACCUGCAAGCCAGGAUGACUCACACCAACAUGAGACUAAGGAGGCUUCCCAGCAGACUAUAGCUGGAGGCAAUGAUGAUUUGCAAGUUGAAGUCAAAUUGCCAGAUAAUGUAAUAGAGGAGAAAGACAGUGGUAUUGGGCAGAACUCAGAUUUGGCCUCUGCAUCUGACAGUUCACCUGAGGAGAAGGGACCUGUAUCUUCUGAUGAGAUAGAGGACAGUGAGAGAAAAAGGGUGUCAGUGUUUGAUAUUGUGUCAAGGAUAGACAACACAGGACCAGCACCUGUUCCUAAACCCUGGGCUACUGGAGAAAAGAACAAAGGGGCAGCAAAUGAAUUGGCUCAGAAACCAUUUAUGCUGCCCUUGAGGUAUGCACAGCAAUCUGUCCAGAGUUUAGAUGACCAGGAAGAUAUGGACCUAAAUCAACCGAGUGUUGCCAACACACCUAUACAUGAAUUCACACACCCUGCUCAACCUAGGUCUCCUCAUAUAAGCAGAAGACAGCUAGAUGAUACAGGUGCAAAAUCCCCUCUUACUAAGAGGUCAUCAAAAUUUUUAAAGGUUAACGAUGAGAACAAGUAUACCGAUGUUCCUCUGGAGGCAUCUAGCCACGACUGGUUGGUCAAUUCCACUAAUGGUCGCUGGAGUCACAUACUCCUUGGUCUCCUUUUGAAUGAUGGUGAACUGGCUGAAAAAAGAGACUUCAUAUCUGGCUUUACAGCUCUGCACUGGGCAGCCAAGAGUGGAAACACUGAAAUGGUCAAGAUAUUAUUUGACAUGUCUGCAAACGGUGGCACACGUCUCGACGUGAAUGUGAAGUCCUAUGGAGGUUAUACACCACUUCACAUAGCCGCUAUACACAAUCAUAAGGACGCUAUGAUAAUGCUUGUACGAGAUUACAGCGCUAAAGUGAAUAUCAGAGACAACAGUGGAAGGAAACCAUACCAGUACUUAAAGAAAGGGGCAUCGCUGAAAAUCAGGUGUCUUUUAAAUGAUCCACAUGCCACCACCACAGAACAUGUUUUUCCAGUCAAAAGAAACUCAAAGGUUGCUUCCUCCUUAUUGGGGACAACCAGUGCUCUGCUUGGUGUCUUAUCUGAUGACAAAGCUUUUCACGACUUGGCAAAAGGCCUCAAAAAGCCUAGUACAUUCAAUAAAUUUUUCAAUGCACCCACAGCUCAGAAAAAGAAAGUCAAGGCUAGAGACAGCUACCCAUCCGUUAACUCCCUUUAUGAAGAAGAAGAACAACCACCACCAGAGGAGCCGGUGGGAAAACGCAGACCGGUUUCUGAUUUCUUUAGCCAUUAUUAACUACGUAGCCACUGAAAUUACAAAUCUCUCUUCUUUAUGGACUUUUUUUCGUGCAGUUCACAUUUUCCGAAUGUUGAAAGGGAAACUGGAAUAUUCUUGUCCAUACUGGAAGAAACAAUUUGGUGUCGGGGUCGUGGAAAUAUUCAUACUCUGGAUUUCAUAAGCAAAAGAUAUUUAUAUGUAGUGAGUUUCAAUUUAGUAUAAUUUUUGUAAUUUGUUAUCCCACAGGUGAGAUUUUCUGGUUUGCACUGAUGUUGUCCCUGAACUAAAGGCAAAGUUUAAAUGACAAAAUUACUUAUGUUAUAAAUAAGCGUGUCGGUGACAUUAUGUAUCCCAUAAAUUGAAUAUAUAUUUUUUUGUGUGUGUAUAUAAUAUCUAAAUAUAAUUUCAAUUUAAAGUGUCCAUUGGUGUUAUUGAACAUUAUAAGAACCAUUAAAUUCAUUACCAUUUUCUAAACCA